UCAAAUUUUGACACAAGAAUAAAAGGACUUUGGUGACAAUUACACUAAACUGUCUCUAUUAUAAAACAUUUUAAAAUGAACGAACCAGAGACUCAACUAAGAAGUUCCAAUUUAACAGAUGACAGUACUCCGGAACAACCACCACCCACCGAAAAACACUCGAGUCUACUCAAAGUCCGAAAAAAAGGCGAUAGAAUCUAUCAACUCGAUGACGAAAACUUGACAGUUUUGAAAGAUCCGCAGUUCCAUAGCGCUUCCGAGUCUUCUGAGGUUGAUCUGGAUAAAGUGUCAUCAGGAGAAUCAUUGUAUAAGACGAUUUCAUUUGAGAAUUCUUUAACUAAAGAAGAAACUGAAAAGUGCGUGCAGUUUUGGAGGAGUGUGAUUGAAAGGAACUUAGAACCGAUAAAAUGCAGCGUCAUUGAAAGGAUUAAUGAAAAAACUGCAGAAACAAAAAUUGAAAAGGAUAAAAAAACAACAAGGAAGAAAAACAAAAAGAAAGAAAGCGAGAACGAACUAGGUAAAUUGGUAGCGAAAAAAAGUGUAUGGUGGGACAUAUUGGAAGAAUUACAAAAGAAGAAAUUACACGAAACUAAAUUAAUGAUAGAAAAAAGGUGCAGAUUUUGCCACUAUAUCUCCGGUGAAUACGAACAAGAUCCUGCAGUAAUGGACUCGGAAAAACAAAUCAAAGAUCUGGACAAUUGGACACCAACCGUACCUGCAGAGUCCAGAUCCGAACGCAAGUCUAGAGGCUCCUUAAAAAGCGGUUCCUCCAGGAGUUCUAGAGCUUCAAGAGCAUCCAGAAAGCCAUCCAGAAAGGCGUCCAGAAAGUCUGACAUGAUCCCGAACCUCAAACAACAACAACCGAGAAAAUCGUCGUCUUUCAAGGUAAAGGACGAACCACCAGAAAAGAUUCCAGAAGAACCGACAGAUCUGGAAGACUUGAUUUUACUGUCCAAGGAAGACGCCAAAAGUAUCGAGUUCGUUAAUGUGGUCGAACAGAAGAAAGAAGAUGGAGUUUAUUCUAUGUGGAGGACCAAUCAAAUACCACCUUGUGAAUGUGACAAGGAGAAGUGUGAUUGUAACGAGAAUCCUGCCAUUGUUGAGAUGACUAAUUCUAUGUUAGAAAUAAAAGUUCUAGAACGUGUUGCUGAUGCAUCACAAGUAUUACCCAUAUUAGCUCCAGAAAUCGAGAAGGAAAAAUCGAUAAAAUCCACAGAAGAAAUAACGGCCAAGCCUGAGGCAAGUUCUGUGAUUCCCGGAGAAAAAAUAGAAUCCAGUUCUGUAAUGCCCGAAGAAAAAAGAUUGAUAAUGGAUGAAAACUGUCACUGUGAUCCUAAAAAUUGUCGGUGCUGUUACCAAGAGUACUAAUUUUUAUAAAAAUAAAGAAACUAAUUAUCAAA